UAUCGUUCAUUUAUCAGACUCUUCUCAUUAAUAGUCUUCGACGUAGUCGAUCGCCGAGUCAUCAAAAACUUCAGUCAAAAUGAAGAUCUAUUUUCUUGUCGCUCUUCUCUUCGUCGCUGUAGCCGCCAUCAUGGCAGUACCAGUGGAGGAGGAGUACGAGCCUCUCGAACUGCCUGGUGUUGAGGAGCGUGCCGACAGACAAAGAAGAGUAACCUGCGACCUUCUCCCCAUCAAAAAGUCCGCUAAAAACACUGCUUGCGCUGCUAGAUGCCUCAGCAAGGGCAAAGCUGGUGGCCGCUGCAAGGAGGGAGCCUGCAAAUGUCGCAAGUCCAUAAUCAAGAAACUCUUCGGCUAAAGUUCACUUCUACCAAGUUCCAAUAAUGGAAUUCUUCUGUUCAACGAAAGAGACACAUGAGAAGAAAACGCAACUAUUCUUGAGAUAUUGACAAGUAUUAAAAUACGCUUAUUUCAUUGUACUGAAUCUCUCUUUAAUGAAAAUUUUGUAAACCUUGACUUGCUAAAAUUUUUUUGGCUCUAAUAGUGUUGGCAAUAUUGACGAUUAAAUUCGAUAUAGUAUUGUAUUAUAGUAUUAAGAAC